AGCGUUGUGUACGCAGCGCUUGGCUGCUGCUGCUGAAGAUGAUGAGAGGAGCGGCAGGUAGGCUACACAAACCUUUCAACGGAGCUCCAGCGGCUUUAAAGCUGUCUAAAGAAUAAUAAACACCGACUUCAGCUGUCAGUUGUGAAUGUGGUAACCUUUAUUGCCUUAUUACUACCUGUAUUGUUCCUCUCUAAUGAAAGCAGAAUUGUCAAACAGAGUGACUUGAAAGUGCGGGUACAAGAAAGAAGUCCUUAAUAGAAUUGGCACAAGUGAGUACAUAUCCAAAUGGGUCUCGUCGCAAUGGGAUUUGAGUUGAAGAACACGUAACCACUCAGAAGUCACCCUGAUUCAACCCGUUGUUAAGGUAACUGGGAACUUGAAAAAGCGUUUCUGAUCGCUGGGAUGUUGUGAGCCGCACGGCGCCUGGGACAGAAGGAGCGGGGACGUAGAAGGAAGAGAGGAGAACCAGGGCUGGACAAGCACCGGAGGGAUUAUGGCUCUCGCAACGUUUUCUCUCAGCCUCAUCACGCUGGCGCUUACAAACUUGCACCUGUCGAGAGCCAGCGACCGGCACGCGGUGUACUGGAACAGCUCAAACCUACUGCUACGCAGGGAGGGAUUCACGGUGCAGGUCAGCGUCAACGACUACCUGGACAUCUACUGCCCACACUAUAACAGCAGCCAGCGGGGGACGCUUGAGCGCACCGUGGCCGAGCAGUACAUCCUAUACAUGGUCAGCUACCGUGGCUACCGCACCUGCGACCCCCAGAUGGGCUUCAAGCGCUGGGAGUGCAACCGCCCCCAUGCGCCUCAUGCUCCCAUCAAGUUCUCUGAGAAGUUCCAGCGCUACAGCGCCUUCUCACUGGGCUAUGAGUUCAACGUGGGCCAGGAGUACUACUAUAUCUCCACGCCCACCCACCACCACGGCCACAGCUGCCUGAGACUGCGAGUCUACGUGUGCUGCUCCACAGUCUCCCAGGCAGAUGAUGACUCCAGUCAGACUUCUCCCGACUACACAGUCAGGCCAAACAUCAAAAUACACAACAUUGAUGAAUUUAACCCUGAAGUUCCCAAACUGGAGAAAAGCGUCAGUGGCAGCAGCCCAUCACGCGACCGCCUUCUUCUCACAGUGGCAAUGCUGCUCAUGUCUGCCGUGCUCUUGUCCUAGCGACUGUCACCGUGAGUGACACUUCAUGCAUACCUGGACUGCCUCGUCCAAAGGGCUUUGUAUCCACCAAGUUGUUGAUGUGAAAGUUGGCAGAAACACGGAAGAGAAUCAAGUAGAGGUGAUGCAGAACCAAUAAAGAGGACACAGAAAAAAAUCUUGAACUCAACUGGACUUUAAAAAGGAGAGGCCUUUUUGCUGUCAUAUUUACACCAGUGUAUUUUGACACGCCAUCUGUUGUUGGACAUUAUUAUCAUAUGAAUACCACAGCAUUUCAUGCAGGUGUGUUUGCCACAACAUGGAGACCACAACCAAUAUUCAGAAUCCAACUUCUGUGCUGCUGUCAUGCCUGACACCCAACAGGCGAGUGCGAAAGUGGACUUGUAAUGAGUUGGAUGUAAACUAUACACUCGUAUUGUAGCCUGGAAAUCAAUUCACCUGAAGAAUUUAAGCUGCACUGUCUUCGGCUGAUGAAAGCAAGUUUUUCAUAGCUGUAAGCUUUGAAGAAGGUGGCAAACGUGGACUUUGCAUGACUUGGACAUUUGGACCACGGACCAAGUAUGCUAAUGGCUAAAACUCAGAUGUAGUGAAGAGCAAGCUGGACUCUGGAACUGUACGGAUCUUACCUUGGCUAUACAGGAUAUUUAUCGAAUCAGUCAGUGAUGAGAACUGCUGCCAUUGUCCUGGGCAAUGAGGAAUGUUUUCACAGUGGUGUGAGUGAGCUGCUGGUAAUGAGAACCCAAGAUGUUUAAGAAAAGCGAAAGACUGAGUGAGGAUAUAUGCUGGCCUUUCAAGAAUCCAUUUUCUCCAGACAUCUAAAUACCCCUGGUUUUGUGAUAGGUACAGAUGCAAAGCCUGCGUUUCUUACAGGAUAGCAAGUACCCUCUUAGAACUAGUCCUUUGUCUGCAUUUCCUGCCUUCACACUGAAACGCCCCUAGAAAAAUACAGACCCUGGACUAGUAAUUUGGCGGCACUUAGGCUUGGUAGAUGUGUGUUUUGUUCCAAAGCAUUUACCUUCAGCACCUCGUGUAGAUUUUCCGGAUGUCAAACCUUUCUCCUCAUAGCAAUCAGCAGAGUCAUUCAGAAUAACACUAAUUUACAAUUCUUAAAAACCCUUUCUCAGCAGCAAGUUCCCUUUUAAUCCCAGACAACCCUGUCUAGUCUUUUUCCACUUCAGAGGCUCCCAGCCAAUCAGUGCUGAUGGCCAUUACAGCAGUCACAGUCACCAUGGAAACGACCCCAUACAGUCGCCAGAGUGCGGCAGGUGCCUGAGGAGAAAUUGUGCUUUGAGUCUCAAAGUAAAGCUGCCGCCAUUUUGUUAAUAAAAAAAAAAAAAAAAACACGUGUGAAUGUGCAACUAAAGAGUUCACUUUUUUAUAUUGUAAUACAGGACAACGUAGGCUGGCAUUUAUCAAAUUACAAUGUUGUGCUUUUUUAAUUGAUUUACAUUUAAAAUGUAUUUAUUUUAACAUUAAAGUAUAUUAUUUAUCUACCUAAUUUAUUAGUGUGCAUUUUUAGGUCUAUGUCUUUGCUCAAUAAGCUAUUGUGCCAUUUUUUUAUUCUUUUUUUUAAACAGUGGAAUUUUUACGGCAGCAUUUUGCUUAUGUAGAUAAAUAGUCAGAUGUAAUACAGCCUGACAAAAAGAGAGGGUUAUUGUUUAUGGCUAAUCAGUAGGGAUGUACACUCCGUAACCCUACUCUUAUGUAACAGACACUGCUAACCAGAUUAUGUUGCUGAAGAGCAUGUCAUAAACCAACUGUGAAUGCACAGACAGCCGAUGUUGAUGGAAGGCAGCAUUCCUCAAGUGCUGCACUUGCGAAAAGAAACAGUCUGCAUUGUACUGUAUAUUUAUAAUACAUGCCGGAUAUGGAAUGUGCGUGUGUUUGAGUCUGUGUGCGUGUGUGGCUUUAGCUGGCUGCUUUCCUGCGUGUGUGUGUGCGUGUGUGUGUGUGUGUGUUGGGGGGGGGGGGUGAGCACGAGAAAAAAAAAAAAAAACAUAUGUGUGCACAUUUGUGUGCGUAUGUAUGUAGAAUGUGUUUGUCCGCGCUUUGAGUAUGUGGCAUUUAGAAAUUUCGUACCUGUUAAGGAGUCGUUUGUAGGAUCUGAAUAUGCAAGUGUGUAUGAGAGAAUGUGCUCUUCUGUAAUGUUAGUUUACGUUACGGGGUUUGGAAAGCAGUCAAAAAGCAUUUACUGAUGUUAAAGACAACCACCAGAAAUGUGUUUACCUUUGACAAGAAUGAAUAAAAAAAAAUGUAAAUUGAUUCAAGAAUGAUUAAAACAAUGCCAAUUAAAAUCUUUUUGCAUAUUU